CUCGAGGACCAUCCCCCAUCUGGAGGCUCCGUUCAGAGAUACGUUUACCGGCGGUACAACGAAGGUAGUCCUGCAGAUGAAGACAAUGAUCACAUUAUAACAAUAUUCAAAGAAGCUGGAUUAAAAUUACGUUACGGUGUCAGUUCUCCUGAAGCCUGUCAGAAAUUACUUGGAGUGACGCUGUCGAGGACUGAGAGGCCGCAGAGAGGACAGACCAGUGCAUGAGGAGCGUUACUCUGCUGCAAACCGCCACAGCCUAAAGCCAUCCUGCCACAUCUGGGACCAUGUCUGGAGCCUACGACGAGUCCGCCAGCCAGGAGGAGGCCACAGACAGUUUCUGGGAGGUUGGGAACUACAAACGUACGGUAAAGCGAAUUGACGAUGGUCACCGGCUCUGCAAUGACCUGAUGAACUGCAUCCAGGAGCGUGCCAAAAUUGAGAAAGCCUACGCACAGCAGCUGACUGAGUGGUCCAAGAGAUGGAGACAGCUGGUAGACAAAGGGCCCCAGUACGGCACAGUAGAGCGAGCUUGGGUGGCAGUGAUGACGGAGGCGGAGAAGGUGAGCGAGCUUCACCAGGAAGUGAAAAACAACCUGAUCAACGAGGACUUUGAGAAGGUGAAGAACUGGCAGAAAGACUCGUACCACAAACAGAUGAUGGGAGGAUUCAAGGAAACCAAAGAGGCAGACGAGGGCUUCAAGAAGGCCCAAAAACCCUGGGCCAAAAAGCUAAAAGAGCUUGAGGCUGCCAAGAAGUCCUUCCACAUGGCCUGCAAAGAGGAGAAGCUGGCAUCCAGCAGAGAGGCCAACGGUAAGGGAGAGGCCUCAGUGACAGCUGAUCAGCAGAAGAAACUGCACGAGAAAGUGGACAAGUGCAAACAAGACACACAGAAGGCCAAGGAGAAGUAUGAGAAGGCUCUAGAUGAGCUGAGUAAGUGCACCCCACAGUACAUGGAAAGCAUGGAGCAGGUGUUCGCCCAGUGCCAGCAGUUUGAAGAGAAAAGGCUGAGCUUCCUCAGGGAGGUCCUGUUAGACGUCAAGUGUCACCUCAACCUCACAGAAGACCAAAGUUAUGCUACAGUGUACGCAGAACUUGAACGCACCAUCACAUCGGCCAGUGCGCAGGAAGAUCUGAAGUGGUUCAGCAACACCCACGGCCCCGGCAUGCAUAUGAACUGGCCACAGUUUGAGGAAUACAACCCCGACCUUACCCAUAGCAUUGCUAAGAAAGAAAAGUCAAAGAAAAGUAAUGAUGGAGUCAUGCUGACUAACGUCACAGCAGCAGUAGACCACGCUCAAACUGGAGACAGGGGAAGUGUCAGCAGCUACGAGAAGAACCAGGCGUACACGGCCUCCACAGAGUGGUCAGACGAGGACCAGACAGCCCCGAACUCAGGCAACGACACCAACGGAGGGACGAACCCCUUCGAUGAAGAUGUGGGAAAAGGUGUGAGAGUGAGAGCGCUGUACGACUAUGACGGCCAAGAGCAGGACGAGCUUAGCUUCAGAGCAGGGGAUGAGCUGACGAAGCUGGAGGAUGAGGAUGAACAAGGCUGGUGUAAAGGUCGUCUAGACGACGGCACGCUGGGUCUUUACCCGGCCAAUUACGUGGAGCCCAUCUAACUGUUCCAGCUAAGUAAUGUAUCGUCGGAGGGUGAACCCAGACUGAACCGUCCAGUCAUAAAUGCACAUUGCCAGAGACUUGAAAGCAAAGCUUCCUCUUCCUCCCGGGCACAGUGAACUUUCUUCAUCUCAGCACUCAUCACAGAGAAGACUUUACUGAAUCUGUUCAGGAUCACAUCAUCUCCAAAUACUGCAACCGAAGCAAAAUAUUUUCUAGUCUCUUUUGUGUGUAGCUGUGUUUGAUUUCAGAUGUGAUGCUAACAUGUCAUAUAAUACGUUCUCUCAUCAUAAUAUUGAUAUGGUAUUGUCACUUGUGCCUGGAUAGCGAGAAUGAGCUAUGCAUUGUGCAUUUCAUGUAUAUAUUUUAAUCCUUUUUUUUUACAGUCUGGAGGCUUGUACAGUUUUUUUCUCAUUGAAUAAAGUGUUUUCUUUUCUUUCUACAAGUUUAGCAUUACAGGAAUAGUUUUACAUUUUGGGAAACUGCACCUGGGAGUUAGAUGAGAAGAUGGAUACCACUCUAAUGUGAAUAUGAAGCUCCAGCUAGGACCUAGCUUAGCAUAAAGAGUGGAAAUAGGGGGAAACAGCUAGCCUGGCUCUGUCUGAAGGUCGGGCACAGUUGUCUUUUAUUAAUCUGUACGGAAAGUGGAAAGAAUUAUAUGCUGCAGUUUCGGAAGUUAUUGCCCCUGGCCAAGCCAAAGCUACAGCACAAAACCCACCAAAAAAACACAAUUUGUCAUUUUCUGGUACAGAUGAAACAAACAAGAUACAAGGGGUUUAGAAAGAGACCCAGGGUAGCUUCUUUCGCUCUGCUUUGUGUCGUUAUGCUAAGCUUAGCUAAGCAGCUGCUGGCUCUAGCUUUAAAUUUACUGUACAGACAUGAGAGUGGUGUUUAUCUUCUCAUCUAACUCUCUCCAAGACAGCAAAUAAGCGUAUUUCCCAAAAUGUCAAACUAUUUCUUUAAUGUGUAUAGUUUUUUUUCUCCUGUACUCCACAGCAUCUCACUGAAUUAGCAUUUUAAAACGAGAUAAAAGUCACUGAAAAGAGCUUUUCUUUGAAAUGGAAAUAUUUACGUUAUCAAAUAGUGCAAGGAUUGUUUACAAUAACCCCCACUGUCGUGCUGACCCAGCGGAGGUGUGGCUGUCUUCAGUGUUAGAAAAACACUUGACACCCACUGACCCAUUCGUCUCUAACAAGGUGCCUGUUAUAACUAUUACCUGUCAUUUCAUUUCUUCUUCUGUUUUGUCUUUACAUGCAGGCUCCAUGAAUAAUGCAGCAGUCAUGAACAAAACCUGCUUGGAAAUACAAACUUGCAGCUGUUUUGUACAGCAAUUAGCUUCAUUUCACAACCAAUGUUUUAUUUAUUUUCUUAUUCUGCAGUUAAUGAGACUUGUAUUCUAUAUCAGUGACUCGGCAUUAUCAGCUUCCAGCUCUUAUCUCUGUGAUUGUGUGCAUGCUGAUGCUCCCACACACUGUUUACCGCUCUGAUCUGAACUGAUCCAGUGCAUGGCCUCAAUUUGUUUCCACCAAAUUAUUCACAGUUUCUUGAUCAAAUUAAAACUCUUACCAUGAGGAUGAUGACACCAUUGAUUUGCAUUGUGUAACUGGGUACCAAAAUACAGGUUGUAUUAAAUAUUGGCUAUACAUGUCUUACAAUUAAAAAAAAAUUGUUUUAAUCAGGAAAUCUAAAUCAAACUUUAUACAAACAAAGAUGGCAGCACAGUACAUGUUACACGAGAUCGGUUUACUACUCCUGGUAGCAGGUGUUGGUGAAAACUACACCCUUGUCACUGAGGAACGUGGGUGUUCUCUUACUAAAGCAGACAGAGAAAGCUGCAACGAGUGCUGCACAAAAAAGCAGAAAGAGGAUCCGUCUCUGAAAUAUUGAUGAGACAACUGCCUUUUCUACUGCAAGAAAGAAGUUCAUUUUUAAAAGAUCCAGGAGGGUAAAUGUUUCUUGUACUGUGAUAAUGCUUCUGUAUGCUUUUUAUCCUUGUAAGCACUGGAUGCAGAGGGAGAUAAAUAUUGCCUUACCAUAAUAAUAAUAAUAGUCCCACCCUGCCGCUGCAUAGACUCUCAACACAUUCAACACAGUGAAAGAGAGCUUGUGCCCUCAGAAUCUGACUCCUGCUUGUCCAGCUCAGUUUACACUGACACUACAUGUUUGUCUGAUUGAAGAUUAUAUGAAUUUAAAGACUUUACUGUGUUAACAAACUGUAACAGAAUGGGACUGUUAACAAGUGUUAAGCUACAACAUCCACUGUGAAACAUCUGUGAUACACUGAGAAUGGUAAAUCAUAUUUAAAAAACAAACAAACUCAAAUGCUCGUUUAUUUUCUGUCUGUUGGUGAUGCUGUAAACAUUGACCUGCAAUGGUGAGGAAAACUUUUAGAGGACUAGGGCUUUCUCUUUUUUUAGCAUAGUGCUGUAAUUUCCAAACUGUAGUGCCUGUUCAUUCUGCAUAAGCAAAAAUAAAAGAUGUCAUUAGAAAA